CUCAAAGCUUACGGAGCAUCACUUAUUCAUCAGACUGUGGAGAUUCCUAAAAAAACCCACCCUGAUCAGUAUAUAAACCCUUGCAACUCAGAAACAAAGAGAUACUGGAAUAAGUGGACUGAGCACUGAAGCAAGCUGAACGAUGUGGACGUUGAAGACAGCACUGUUGGUGUCACUCUUAGCUUUUGUUUUUGCCAAACCAUUUUAUCCAUGGAAUGUAAAUAGACGUCUGCCAAUAAACAGGGGCGUUAAGGAGUCCAUGGAAUCAAAUGAAUCCAGCAACAGCUCAGACAAGAGUGAUUCAGAUUCAUCUUCUGAAUCUGAUAUGUCUGAGUCCAGGGAAUCUAGUGGUAUUGGAAGCAGCGACUCUGAAUCCAGUCAGUCUGCAUCAUCUGAGGAGGAUUUUCUCACCACUGCUGAACCAGAGACCAUGAGCAGUGUUACUGCUGAACCUGAGACCAUGAGCAGUGUUACUGCUGAACCUGAGACCAUGAGCAGUGUUACUGCUGAACCUGAGACGAUGAGCAGUGUUACUGCUGAACCUGAGACCAUGAGCAGUGUUACUGUACUACCUCCGGUGAUCACAGAGGGACACAUCACAUGUUUUACUGUGCAUAAGGAAACUAAGCCUAGAGGAGACAACUUCGAGUCUGUUAAACUGAAAAUCUAAAAUUUAGUAAAGUCACAUGAAUGUUUAGCUCAUUUACAGUACUAGUGAUUUGCUUGUUUGAUCAGGCAGGUUGAAAUUUAACUUUUUUUGUUUUGUUUUGUUUUGUUUUAUUGCACUUUAUGUUAUUGCAGAUUUUAUAUACCUUUUUUUUUUACAGUAUCAUUAUUGUACUAAAGGUUACACACUGCACUGCACUACACAAAUGUAGUAGACUCAAAUAUUUUUAAUGCUCUUUUGAUCUUGUGUGUUAGAUGAAAUAAAAUUGUGAAAAGAAGUCUUUACUGCCAAAUGUAUAAUGGAUUUGGUUCUAGACCAAAACUGAGGUUGAUGACUCAAGUCACAAUGAAAAUAACCCAGCAAGUUUCAUGAGUAAUAAAACCAGGUUUUGUUUUUGUAACAAACAAAAACCUAAGCAUAAGUACAGUAGACAUUUGUUUUAAUUAUUUCAAAUGGUAACUAGCUGACAUGAGGCAGAUAGAUUUUACUAUUCAGAAUGAAUGUAAGUUUUGACUUGAGACCAAGUGCCUAUUGAGUAUAUUGGUAUAAUGAGUUUAAAUGAUGAGUAUAACGAUGAGUAUAAAUCAGUUCCUCCCUAGAUCAGUUCUUUACUGGGUGUGUAAAUGUUAAUAAUAUUAUGAACUUGCAAUAUUUUAACUGCUAUUUUUUUUGCACUUGUACUCUUUCUAAUUUCUGCUGUGGUCCAGAAAAAAAACUAUUAUAUGUGUGACUCCAUUUCAUGUAAUAUCUUUCAAUAAACUAAAAUUUGUAAUCAA